UACGGCAGAAAGCGGCUGUCCACAGGAAAUGCCACGUGUACCAAGUGCGCAUGCGCGCUCUCCGAGCUCCAGCUUGACUUCCGCUGGUGGAUCACCGCAACAUUAGGAACGCGUCGAGACAGAACGGCCGGAGUCCGCGGGCCUGAGAGCGCGCCACACACCCGAGAGACGCUCGCCUACUGACCCGAGCGACGCUGCGCGGCCUUCAGGAUGUCCAGCGGCGGCUUCGCGUCACAGAACGGCGCCGGAGGCUCGCACGCGAACGGUCCGUCACAGAACCCCGUUGGUGUUUUCUCCUCUAAUCAGGGCUUCAUGGCACCGCCGCAGCCGGGCUUCAACACCCUGCCCACCAAAGACCCGGGCCUCUACAGCAGCAGCCGUCACCAGCCUCCACCCCUCGGCACACCCAACCACAGGAGCGGCCUGUCCGGCCCGCCGCCCUCCAGCAACUGCUACCAGCUUCCUCAGCAGCCUCCACAGCCCCAGCAUCCUCCUCAUCCUCAGCAUCCUCAGCAACCUCUUCAUCCUCAGCAUCCUCCGCAGCCCCAGCAUCCUCCUCAUCCUCAGCAUCCUCAGCAGCCUCUUCAUCCUCCUCCUCCUCAGCAGCCCGGCUGGAGCCCCGUCCCGUCAGCGAUGCACCACAGUGGCUCCAGCGCUCCUCCUGUCUUCCACAACACUAUGCAGCCGCCCGCUCCCUCUGUGAAUAACGCUGCUGUGACCGCAGCGGCGGGACAGAUGCACACGUACCCCUCACUACAGGCCUAUCAGAGUGUGUCCGGCGUGCAGACGCCCCCUGCGAUGUCUCCUCCUGCGCUCACACACACGCAGCUCUACACACAGCCGUCUGCUCAGCUGAGCCCCUCGUUAGCGGCGUUAAGCCUGCAGUCUCAGCCUCCGGAGGCCCUGAGGGCCAUCAACCUGCUGCAGGAGCGGAGCCUGCUUCCUCCAGGAGCCGUGACGCCGCCGGUGCCCUGUCUGCCGCAGGACCUGCAGAAGCUCAACUGCAGCCCAGAGGUUUUCCGCUGUACUCUGACCAGCAUCCCACAGACUCAGUCCCUGCUGAACAAAGCGAAGCUUCCCCUCGGCCUCCUGCUGCACCCAUUUAAAUCUCUCAGUCAGCUGCCUGUAGUGACCUCCAGUAACAUCGUGCGCUGCCGCUCCUGUCGGACGUACAUCAACCCGUUCGUGACCUUCAUGGACCCUAGAAGAUGGAAGUGUAACCUGUGUCACCGAGUCAAUGAUGUUCCAGAGGAGUUCAUGUAUAAUCCGGUCAGCAGAUCGUAUGGAGUGCCUCACAAAAGACCGGAGGUGCAGAACGCCACCAUCGAGUUCAUCGCCCCGUCAGAAUACAUGCUGAGGCCGCCGCAGCCCGCUGUUUACCUCUUCGUCCUGGACGUGUCUCAUAACGCGGUGGAGACCGGGUAUCUGGAUGUGGUGUGUCAGACGCUCCUGGACAGCCUCGACUCGCUUCCCGGAGACGCUCGGACGAAGAUCGGCUUCAUCACGUUCGACAGCAACAUCCAUUUCUACAACAUGCAGGAAGGCCUGUCGCAGCCUCAGAUGCUCAUCGUGUCAGACAUCGACGAUGUGUUUGUGCCGACGCCGGACAGCCUUCUGGUCAACCUGAAGGAGUGCAGAGAGCUGGUGCAGGAUCUGCUGACGAGUCUGCCGCAGAUGUUCGGUCAGACGAUGGAGACUCAGUCUGCUCUGGGUCCGGCGCUGCAGGCCGCCUUCAAGCUGCUGUCUCCCACCGGCGGACGCAUGUCUGUGUUCCAGACGCAGCUGCCGACCCUCGGCAUCGGCGCGCUCAAGCCCAGAGAAGAGCCCAGCCAGAGAGCCAACGCCAAGGACGUGCAGCAUCUCAGUCCUGCGACGGACUUCUAUAAGAAGCUGGCUCUGGACUGUUCUGGUCAUCACGUGGCCGUGGAUCUGUUCCUGCUGAGCGCACAGUACUCUGACCUGUCCUCUCUGGGCUGUAUAUCCAGAUACUCGGCCGGAAGCGUGUAUUUCUACCCUUCAUACCACAAGCAGCACAACCCGCCUCAGACGGAGCGCCUCCAGAAGGAUCUGAAGAGAUACCUGACGCGCAAGAUCGGCUUCGAGGCCGUGAUGAGGAUCCGCUGCACUAAAGGUCUGUCCAUACACACCUUCCACGGGAACUUCUUCGUGCGCUCCACCGACCUGCUGUCUCUGCCCAACGUGAACCCCGACGCCGGCUUCGCCGUGCAGAUGAGCAUCGAGGAGAACCUGCUGGACCUGCAGACCGUGUCCUUCCAGGCCGCGCUGCUCUACACCGCCAGCAAAGGAGAGCGGAGGAUCCGUGUGCACACGCUGUGUCUGCCGGUGGUCAACUCUCUGUCGGACAUCUUCGCUGGAGCUGAUGUUCAGGCCAUCACUGCUCUUCUGGCCAGCAUGGCCGUGGAUCGCUCCGUGACGGCGAGUCUGAGUGACGCUCGUGACGCUCUGAUCAACGCAGCCAUCGACUCGCUGGCGUCCUACCGCUCCUCAGUGCUGACCGUCCAGCAGCCCGGCCUGCUGACCCCCGCCUGCCUGCGUCUGCUCCCGCUCUACAUCCUGGCCCUGCUCAAACACAAAGCCUUCCGGGCGGGCGGCAGCACCCGGCUGGACGAGCGUGUGUUUGCCAUGUGUCAGCUGAAGCACCAGCCGCUGGCGUACCUCAUGAUGAUGGUCCAUCCGGGGCUGUAUCGCGUGGAUGAGCUGACAGAUGAGGGGGCUCUGAACAUCAACGAUCGCACGAUUCCUCAGCCCAGAGCUCUUCAGCUGUCCGUGGAGAAGCUGAGCGGAGACGCGGCGUUCCUCAUGGACUGCGGCACAGUCAUGUAUCUGUGGGUGGGGAGAAACUGCAGCCCGGUGUUCCUCACAGAAGUGCUGGGAGUACCGAGCUACGCUGCCGUUCCUCUCAACAUGAACCAGCUUCCGGAGCUGGACACGGCCAGAUCAUCACGACUGCGAGCGUUCGUCGACUGGCUGAGAGAGCAGCGGCCGUUCCACCCCAUCCUGCACGUCAUCAGAGACGAGUCUCCGCUCAAGGCUGAGUUCAUGCAGAACAUGAUCGAGGAUCUCAGUGAAUCCGCUCUCUCCUACUACGAGUUCCUCCUGCACCUGCAGCAGCAGAUCUCCAAGUGAUCCAGACGCCGAGCUGCUGUGUGUGAGGCUCCGAGCGCAGAUCCUUUCUAAUGUAUCGCCUUGAACUAAAAAACAAAAAUGUAGAAGAAUGCUUUCUUAUGAAUUUCUUACGACCUUUGUAAUUAGUGCUAUUCAGAAUGAGCACUUUAUAAUUAGUGUGGUUAUUGUCACAGGUCUGUCUGUGUUGGUCAGUCAUUGUUUUAAUUGAUGAGGAAGGCAAUGCAGUUGAAUUCAGUAUCUGGCUGAAGUGGGGCUCGGGCACAUGUUCACAGAGAAGACACGCUCUGUGUGUGACGUUUAACACACACGCGACCCUGUGACCUUCACACAUUAUAGAAACAUGUAUAUUGAUAAACCUAUAUUAUAUUCAAGAUUGUUAAUUUUAGUGAAAACAUUAUUCAGAUGAUGCGAGAUGAUAAAAAUCAACUGCUUGGGACUUUUUUUUGUUUUUUUCUAUGAAGAGAUUUUUAAGAACUGGCUGAACCUAUGAGAGCUUUAGGUGAAGUGAUCAGCUGACGGUGUGCUUAAAGCUUGAAAUAUAAUCCAAAAUACAGAAUAAAUACAGAGUUUCUCUGCUGCAACGAAUAGAGUUUAAUGUUGAAUGUCUGUGAGUGGAGAACUGAUGAAGGUAAGAGUAUAAUCUGAGCUUCGGUCAUAUUCAGUCCAUCAUUCAGAGGAAUAUUUUUUUAUAUUUGAAAACAACACAAAAAAAUCCUCUUGUUUCCUCUGCGGUUGUUCAGCUCGUUUUAGCACAUGACAACUGUGUUUUUGAGAAAUGAUUUGUAAAUUCUCUGCAAUUUUGUACAUGUGAACUUUCUGAAGGAAUGAAGUCAUUAAAGAGGAAGUCUCGUGUGAGCUCUCCUGAACAUC